CUCGCUCCCCCCAGUCCAUUCCUUCCAGGCCCCCUCUGCUCACUCUCCCCCUCCGAGCAAGUCAAGCUUAUCUAAGCUUAAGCCUAAGGCAAAGCUUAAGCCAUGGGCAAGGACGACGUGAUCGAGAGCGGCGCCGGCGGCGGCGAGUUCGCGGCCAAGGACUACACGGACCCGCCCCCGGCGCCGCUGGUCGACGCGGCGGAGCUGUGUUCCUGGUCGCUGUACCGCGCCGUUAUCGCCGAGUUCAUCGCGACGCUGCUCUUCCUCUACAUCACCGUGGCCACCGUGAUCGGGUACAAGCACCAGACGGACGCGGCGGCGUCGGGCGCCGACGCGGCGUGCGGCGGCGUGGGCGUGCUGGGCAUCGCCUGGGCCUUCGGCGGCAUGAUCUUCGUGCUCGUCUACUGCACCGCGGGCAUCUCGGGCGGCCACAUCAACCCGGCCGUCACCUUCGGCCUCUUCCUGGCGCGCAAGGUGUCCCUGGUCCGCGCGCUGCUCUACAUCGUGGCGCAGUGCCUGGGCGCCAUCUGCGGCGUCGGCCUCGUCAAGGCCUUCCAGAGCGCCUACUUCAACCGCUACGGCGGCGGCGCCAACUCGCUCGCCUCCGGCUACUCCCGCGGCACCGGGCUCGGCGCCGAGAUCAUCGGCACCUUCGUCCUCGUCUACACCGUCUUCUCCGCCACCGACCCCAAGCGCAACGCCCGCGACUCCCACGUCCCGGUGCUGGCGCCGCUCCCCAUCGGGUUCGCCGUGUUCAUGGUCCACCUGGCCACCAUCCCCGUCACCGGCACCGGCAUCAACCCCGCCAGGAGCCUCGGCGCCGCCGUCAUCUACAACAAGGACAAGCCAUGGGACGACCACUGGAUCUUCUGGGUCGGCCCCUUCGUCGGCGCGGCCAUCGCAGCCUUCUACCACCAGUACAUCCUCCGGGCCGGCGCCAUCAAGGCCCUCGGCUCCUUCAGGAGCAACGCGUGAUGAGCCAGCCAGCUUAGCCGCCGGCCGGCCGCCCUUUUCUUACUGUGUUGAGCUUGCAAAAAGGCUGCGUACGUGUUGAAGCAGAUGGCGGCGACCCACGGCGCUGGUCGUCCUGCUUCAGCCAUCUGCGUGCGUGAAUUUGGCUUCCUAGCUUCCUCCUGUAAUCAACCAUGUGUCGUGAUCUGCCUCUCGAGGGAUUCUAUCCUCUCCUCUCCUGCUAGCAUUAUGUAUCUCUAUUUAAUUAUUAUGUAGCGACGAUCACCAUCAUCAUCAGUGAAAACCUUGCUUCUGUCUAAAUCAA